UAAAUAAAACAUUUAAAAAUGCCUACUGGUGGCUUACAUGUCAGUAGUUUUGUAACAUAUAUUUACGAAUUUGUCAUAUAUACGUAAAGGUUUAACCGGUUUCAAUGGGAUGUUUUUUUAAUGCGUCUACAUUUUUGUCAAACUUAUACUAAUAUUUUAUAACUGUGUAUUACAAGUCUGAAGAGUAUAUAAAUGCCAAACUGAUCUUAGCUGCAUAAAAAGGUUCUAAGUAGAUAAGGUCGUGUGUUGUUAAUAAAACUACUAUUCUAAGUGACUUAAGAUUCUACGAUGUCGUUAUCUCGUAUCAGUAAUUCUACUGAUUUAUUGACGGCUUUAUCUCGCGUUUUACCAGCAGCGAAUGCAUUUGGCGAAAUGCAAUGCACACGAUAUACGACGAUACGUCACACGAAGGCCCUUCAUGUAACAAGUGUCCGUCGUUACCCUAACCCUCCUACAUUACCGCUUCCUACAAAUGUUUCUGAAAUAUUUGCCAAUGAAACUGGUCGUUUCACUCCCGAAAGAGCACGAGACAUUUCUGUACCAGUGUUGCUUUACUAUAAAAGUGACUGUAAAUCAUUUAAUUCGGAGCAACCAUCAAAAUUGGCAGAGCCUUUAAACAGCUCGGAAGUUUGUAAAGACACUCAUGUAGAUUCGUACGAUUGCUUUGGCGCGGUCAGUUUAAAUGGCACGAUGCAAAGCAAUGUUCCAAAACCAUAUUCUUCUAAUGGAAAAUCAACCCAUUUAAAUAUGCCUGGCGGACAAUGGGCCAGAGACGAGAAAUAUAUUGCCGAGGAUAUGCAGAAAUCACAUUAUCGAACCGUUAAUUUGCCACUAUUGAAACUGGAUAAACGCGGUCUGGCAAGUUAUGUCUCAACGAAUGUUCUUUUACAAAGAAUGUAUCCAGAAAAAUAUAUAUUCGGUAUGGGAUAUUCGACGAAUGCAUCGCAACAAGUAACUGAUACACAAGAUACCGAUAAAAAACCAAAAUAUAUAAAUUUAUCCAAGAAAGAGAAAUUUCAAAGAGUGAUUAAGGAUUAUGGAGCUACCGUUGUUGUGUUUCAUGUAGUAAUAUCAAUAAUAUCCCUUGGCGCUUGUUAUGCAGCUGUAGUUGGCGGGAUAGAUUUGGCGCCUCUCGUUAAAUUCAUAAUAAUUGAUAACAGUCAAGUAGAACAAAUUCUUACUAACUCGUCAUCCUUCCUGUUGGCGUAUGCUAUUCAUAAGUUGUUGGCGCCUAUGCGUAUUGGCAUAACAUGCGGUGUUACCCCAAUACUUGUACAAUAUUUACGAAGAAUCAAGAUUCUUAAACCUCCGAAAGUGACGAAGACAAAUUAAAACGUUGAGUGAUCGAUUACAAUUGUUAUAGCAAUACAUAUAAUGUGUACCUUGUAAUUUAUAAUUGUUUUAAUUUGACUAAAUAAACGUAUUUGUGUAUAUAUAUAUA